AUGCCCCUGACAAAAUUAGUUCCCGAUGCAUUCGGCGUGCUGACCAUCUGUCUAGUCGCUCUGCUCAUUCUUCUCGGUCUCCUCUGCAUCGCCUACUCCUUCUACUUCCAGUCUCAAGUUCGUAAGCAAGGCUUUACACAACUAGGUUACUUCAGCGGUCCUUGGAUUGUCCGUAUCACUUUCAUUCUCUUUGCUAUCUGGUGGGCUGUUGGCGAGAUUCUCCGGUUGAGUUUGUUUAGGCGUCACAGAAGGGUGCUGACCGGUUUGGAUCUCAGAUGGCAAGAAAACGUCUGCAAGUGGUACAUCGUCUCCAAUCUUGGGUUUGCAGAGCCUUGCCUCUUUCUCACGCUCAUGUUUCUUCUUCGUGCUCCUUUGAAGAUGGAGUCAGGGGCUUUGUGUGGGAAAUGGAACAGGAACACUGCCGGUUAUGUUUUUCUUUGUUGUCUCCCCAUGCUUGCUCUUCAACUUGCGCUUGUUUUGUCUGAGUCACGCCUUAACGGUGGUAGUGGCUCUUUUGUAAAGCUGUCACACUACUUCACAAGAACGUAUACCCGAGUUACUUUUGAUCAUCAUGAGGUUGCUUUAUGCACGUAUCCUCUACUGAGUACCAUCAUCCUCGGUGUGUUUGCAGCCGUACUAACAGCUUACUUGUUCUGCCUUGGAAGGCAGAUACUGAAACUGGUGAUUAAUAAGCGUCUGCAGAAGAGAGUCUACACUUUGAUAUUCUCCGUCUCGAGUUUCCUUCCGUUGAGGAUUGCUAUGCUCUGUUUGUCGGUACUUGCAAGGGCAGACAAGAUUGUAUUCGAAGCACUUUCUUUCUUGGCCUUCUUGUCCCUCUUCUGCUUUUGCGUGGUUUCCAUUUGCUUGCUUGUCUACUUCCCGGUUUCAGAUUCAAUGGCCCUGAGAGGUCUAAGGGACAUGUAUGAAGAUGAUAGUAGGGCUGUGACUGAAGAACGUAGUGGUGCUCUGUUGCUUGCACCACAGAACGAGGAUAGCUUGAGCUUAACAGGUCGGAGAUCUUCUUCACAGGAGAGGUAUGUGGAGCUCAGCUUAUUUCUUGAAGCUGAGAACUAAAAUCGCCAAAAGCUGUUUCUUUGGCUUUUGGCAAUGGUUAUGUACAGAUUCCUGGUGAAACAAGCAUAUAGAGAGAGACUUAAGGAAUGUGUUUGCGCAAAAAAGCAUUAUUAUUCUGUUUUGUGGCAAAGACACUUUAACUGUAAAGGAGGGUUUGUUGUUUGAAAUGUUUUCUGCGUGAUGGAUCAUAUUUUUGUACCUUUAUUAUGUGAUCAGUUUUGAUUUAGAAAAACAAAACACAAAACCAAUGGAAUCGUCUAGAUCUCUCUCCUCUAGUUUUCUCCAACCUCUCUACAAACUCGGGUAAUCGGAUUUCGAUUUUGGUGACCGGCGGUUACAAACUCUGUUUUGUUUUGUUUCUAAAUACAAUCAUCGAUCUCUAGAUUGAACUAGUUUCCGG